GCAGCUGUAGCGAGUGGUUUCAACCCGAGGGCAGAGUCCCCGAGCUGGGCGCGGCUGCCACUCGGCGGGCGGGGAGCGCUGGGCGCGAUCGCUGGGCAGGCGGGCGGGCGUGCGAGCCGGUGGAGCCGGGGGAGCCGGGCCCUCCGACAGCGGGCGGGAUUUUAGAAAGCAGCCCCGGACUUUGCAAGUGGGGGCUGGGGGCUUCUGCAGCCGCCGAUCUGUCUGCCCAGGCGCUUUCCCUGCUAGAGUUUAUUCCUGUUUCCUUCAGUCCUGAUCGUCCAAGGAGCCGGUUGCCAUGGUGAAGGAGCAAGUGGCCCACCCCCAGGAUGCUCACCACCCAUCAGAGAAGCCUGUCAUCCACUGCCACAAGUGUGGAGAGCCAUGCAAGGGUGAAGUGCUUCGGGUCCAGACCAAACAUUUCCACAUCAAAUGUUUCACCUGCAAAGUGUGUGGCUGUGACCUGGCCCAAGGGGGCUUCUUCAUAAAGAACGGGGAAUAUCUCUGCACCCUGGACUACCAGCGGAUGUAUGGGACCCGCUGCCAUGGCUGUGGGGAGUUCGUGGAGGGCGAGGUGGUAACUGCUCUGGGCAAGACCUACCAUCCCAACUGCUUUGCCUGUACUAUCUGCAAGCGCCCGUUUCCACCCGGAGACCGAGUCACAUUCAAUGGAAGAGACUGCCUUUGUCAACUCUGUGCACAGCCGAUGUCGUCCAGCCCUAAGGAAGCCACCUGCUCCAGCAAUUGUGCUGGCUGCGGACGAGAUAUCAAGAACGGGCAGGCGCUGCUGGCGCUGGAUAAGCAGUGGCACUUGGGGUGCUUUAAAUGCAAGUCCUGCGGAAAGGUCCUCACCGGGGAGUACAUCAGCAAGGAUGGCGCCCCCUACUGUGAAAAGGACUACCAGGGGCUCUUUGGAGUGAAAUGUGAAGCCUGUCACCAGUUUAUCACAGGGAAAGUCCUGGAGGCAGGUGACAAACAUUACCACCCCAGCUGUGCACGAUGCAGCAGAUGCCAUCAGAUGUUCACAGAAGGAGAGGAAAUGUAUCUUCAAGGUUCCACCGUUUGGCAUCCCGACUGUAAGCAGUCUACUAAGACAGAGGAAAAAUUACGGCCUACCAGGACUUCCUCUGAAAGUAUUUAUUCUAGACCAGGCUCCAGUAUCCCUGGCUCACCAGGUCACACUAUCUAUGCAAAAGUAGACAAUGAAAUCCUGGAUUAUAAGGAUUUAGCGGCUAUUCCCAAGGUCAAGGCGAUUUAUGAUAUUGAACGUCCAGAUCUUAUUACCUAUGAGCCUUUCUACACCUCGGGCUAUGAUGACAAGCAGGAGAGACAGAGCCUUGGAGAGUCUCCAAGGACUUUGUCUCCUACUCCAUCAGCAGAAGGGUACCAGGACACACGGGAUCGGGUGAUCCACCGGUCCACCAGCCAGGGCUCCAUCAGCUCCCCUGUGUACAACCGCCACAGCUACACUCCAACCACGUCGCGCUCUCCCCAGCAUUUCCACAGACCUGAGCUUUUGUCUCCUGGUGUGCAGAGGUUGUCCUACCUGCGCACCAGCAGCCUCAGCUCCACCCACAGCGACUCCCGCCCCAACCCCCCCUUCCGACACCACUUCAUUCCCCAUAUCAAAGGCAAUGAGCCGUCCAGCGGCCGGAAUUCCCCUCUCCCUUACCGGCCAGACAGCCGCCCUCUAACUCCGACUUACGCUCAGGCCCCCAAACAUUUCCAUGUUCCAGAUCAAGGGAUCAACAUUUACCGAAAACCACCCAUCUACAAGCAGCAUGAUGCAGCUGCUUUGGCAGCCCAGAGCAAGUCUUCAGAGGAUAUCAUCAAGUUUUCCAAGUUCCCAGCAGCCCAGGCUCCAGACCCCAGCGAGAUACCAAAGAUUGAGACGGACCAAUGGCCUGGUCCCCCCUCACUUGCCGCCAUAGGAACUGACAUGAGACGCAGAUCUAGCGGCAGAGAGGAAGAUGAGGAGGAACUUCUGAGACGCCGUCAGCUUCAAGAAGAACAAUUAAUGAAGCUUAACUCAGGCCUUGGGCAGUUGAUAUUGAAAGAAGAGAUGGAGAAGGGGAGUCGGGAAAGGGCGUCCCUGCCAGGCAGUCGCUAUGAUUCUCCCAUCAACUCAGCUUCACAUGCUCCAUCAUCUAAAACCUCAUCUCUCCCUGGCUAUGGGAAAAAUGGGCUGCACCGGCAUGUUUCCACGGACUUCGCCCAGUAUAACAGCUACGGGGAUGUCAGCGGGGGAGUGCGAGACUACCAGACCCUCCCGGAUGGCCACAUGCCCGUGAUGAGAAUGGACCGAGGCGUGUCUAUGCCCAACAUGUUGGAACCAAAGAUAUUUCCAUAUGAGAUGCUCAUGGUGACCAACAGAGGGCGCAACAAAAUCCUAAGAGAUGUGGACAGAACCAGGCUGGAGCGCCACUUAGCCCCUGAAGUGUUUCAGGAAAUCUUUGGAAUGUCCAUACAGGAGUUUGACAAGUUACCUCUUUGGAGACGCAACGACAUGAAGAAAAAGGCAAAACUCUUCUAAAUCCCACAUGUAAGCAGAAAUUAGAAAAAGAACUGAGGCUGGCGGUGAUGCAUAGGAUGUCGUAUUGAGGCCCAAACUUGAUCGGAGAAUUUGCAAACUACCAUCCCUCAGCAACAACAAAAAGGGAAAGUCUGGGUAAAGCACCCAGGAGCCAAACAUUGGGCCAACCAAGAGUGACACUUGCCAAGAAGCAAUGGGGUGUAAAUGUCUGUGUUCCCAAACUCAACAGUAGUGUCCACAUGUGACCUUUUCACACGACCUGAUGUAUACGACAGGAGCUACUUUCCUUCUUCCUUUGUUUUCCUUUAACUGUUGUCCAACAAUAGAGCUGACUGUAUGGAAAAGAGCCAGCAAGUGCCCUUAGGAUGCCAUGUGGGAAAGAUCAGUUGUAAUAAUUCCGAAGUCUGAGUAGAUUGUCAGGCAGCACUGUGGCUGAGAAGGAAGAGUCUGGGCUCACCUCUGGUGGCAGCCACAGGCCUGCGCUCUGCAGGAAUGGAAGCCAGCCAGGGGAGCGGGCGGCUCUGCGGGGAUGGGCUGAAUAUCAGCAAAAACCAUUGGUAGCUGGCUCCUUGUUCUCUACUGCUGGAUGGGACCUGAUUGGCAAAUCACUUAGCUAUUACUACAAUUUGGAGGGAAACAGAAGGAAAAGGCAUGAAAGGAAACCCUUCCUUAUCUCUUCCUGCUUCAGACAGCGUGCUUAAUUCUUCCUCCCCACCCAGGAUGGGAGCCAGCUUGGGCUCCACAAUUGCAAAGAAAUGAAAGACAAAAAUUGUCUCCAGAUUGGCCUCGUUGCAUGCUGUUAGGUGAUUUUUGCCCCGAGGGCCAUACCACUCUUGGCAAAAAAAAAAAAAAAAAAAAAAUUUCCAUGUCGUACCAAGGCAAGUUUUUCCACUUAGCAUCCUCUGCCCUCUAUCCGGCAUCCUAUGAAUCAGAUCGAGCCCACACUGAUUUUGUUUUUUAAGGUCUUUUCAGCAAUAGGCUAAGGAAAGGCACGUUUUCCUCUUUUAUAUCUCUGCAACUCCAAAGCCAAUUCCUUCAAACAGAUUUACUUUGGCCUUUUCAGCUUUCCUUCUUGCCUAGCACCAUUGACUUCAUGGUUUUUGUGGAUGUGUUUUCAACUCACCCAGAGUAGUUUUAUGAGUCUGCCUGUGCUUUUUAAUUUCUGCUUGAAUGUUUGUCCCACUGUACUGCAGCUUCCAAGGGACAUUUGCACAAGUGCACGUGACUCAAAGGUGAAGAGUGAGGCUAAUCUUCCAACUUCCCCUCCUUUGUGGGUGGGUGCUGGUGCCUAGAAGCCAGCUCACCCCAUGUGCUCAUGUAGCUCAUGGCAGUAUCAGACUGAAGACCACAGAGGUAGGAUCGGGCUGGGGAGAGGUCAGAGCCUCUCAUCAGAAUCCUCAAACGCUGCAGCACUAGAUUCAAAUUUGAGUCUGUUUCACCAAAACAUGCAUGUAAGACCACAUCAUGAUUCCUGAUAGGAGUCAGAUGAGGGAGAGUCUCUCCAACUUCACACACACAGGAGGUUAAGUCACGUUUAUUCUCAUUGCUCUGGAGCUUUGCUGAGGAAUUUAAGCUCUAUUUUUAAAGCCAAAGGAGAAAGCUGAAUUCAGCUGCAUAUGCCACGGAGAACAAAAGCUCAGAAACUCUUCCUGCUGGCACCAAGUCCUAGACCACUAGCUGUCUAUCUGACACCAAUGGUAAAAAGCAAGUAGAAUAGUUUCUGAACCCACAUUGCAGGCCUCUGGCUUGUGACACGCUUCUGUCUGGGUGCUGUUGCGAACACUAUUGCUUUAUAGGAUUCUCCUGUGCUCUUACUGAAAGAAUCUAAAUUUGCCCUUUCAGUGCUACAUGCUGAAUGUUUGAGGACUAUUCUCACAAAUACGUGUGUGUGUGAGCGUGUGUGUGUUGGCCGAUUGACAUAUUUAGCAAGUGGCUCUGAUAGUGUGGCCCUGAGCAGAUGCAACCAGCUCCUACUUUGAUGCCAAACCACAGCUCACCAUUUUGCCCCUUCUUGUGUCAGUUCCCUCUUGCUUCAUUCCGUAUUGUCACUAUCCCUUCCUCUCUUUGCCCUCUCCUGCACUGGCAGCCUCAGCACAAUGCCUGUGUCCCCCAGUCCUUGUUUUGUUCUGACAGAGUAUGGGGACAGGGACUCUAGUGUCCUCCCGCUGUUUCUCUAUGGCAGUCAGUAACAAUGUGGCCAAAGGGUCCCAGAAGUUGGCUCGUGGAGAGAGUAUUUUCAAUUUUCAAUAUGGAGAUAAUAAAGGACCCCCUUCCCUGCCAUGGUUUUCAUGGGCUAACGAGUUAUCCACCAUGCACCUGCAGAUCAAACACCAGUGUAAGAAAGAUCAAGGCUCUUGGCAAACAUGGGCACAAUCAGGUGGUUUUGCUAAAAUCCCUAUCUCUUGGUCCAUAUAAAGAGGGCAUGACUCUGUCAUGGAAUAGGGACAUUAGACUGAAAAAAGGGACAGUCUGCCUCUUUAUGUUACAGAGACCCAGAGUUAAGGCCUGCCUAAGAUUGCAAUGAUAGUUCAAGAAGUGAAUCCUAAGUCUGCUUCUACUGAUGAAACCCUGCUUUUCUUAUAUUUUUUGACGUCAAUUUUGCAUCUAACUUGGGGGUAAAAAAGCUGCUUUCCAUAUCAAAUAUAUUAGUUAAUUUAAACUGCAUUGUGCAAAAAUGCAUUGCCAGAAAAUGUCAGUAGCCUCCUGGGGAGGGGUCGCUGGAAACCGUAAUGCAGAGUGGGCUCCCCACUGCAUUGCCCAGCAGAAGGUCCAGCUGGAAGAAUGGGGCAUGGACAGCCUGGUUCUCAUAACUGCCAAAUCGAAUGUACGGAUGCCCUAUCCAUGUUGUUAAACUGGGCUCAGCAUGCUUGUCCUGAAAAUGUCCAGGCCACAGUACAGGAGAUGGUAUUCUCCACUUUAACCCUGCCCUGCACUAUAAAGGAAAAUUCUAGUUGUUUUUUGUUGUUGUUGUUUUUUAAAGAUGACCGGUAAGGGUAUCUUAACCCUUGACUUGGUGUUGUCAGCACCACGCUCUCCCAGUGAGCGAACCGGCCAUCCCUAUAUGGGAUCCGAACCCGUGGCCUUGGUGUUAUCAGCACCACACUCUCCCAAGCCAUGGGCCCAGCCUGGAAAAUUCUAGUUGUUACCACAGCAAAGUCACGGAGCUUCUUGGCUCUAGGAAAGGUAUUCUAUACAUGGCAGGCUUCUCUGGUGCAUGUAGAAAGGGCUACAUUUUCAAGCAUUUGACUUACUUGUGACUCUCAGUGCAUACUGAUUGUAUGAAGUAAAAGAGGCUUCCAUGACAAUACAAAAGUCGGCUUCCUUUAAAAUCGUUUCAAGAGAACCCAGGCUGUGAGGUGGUCUUCCUGCGUGAUUUCUUAGGAGAUAUGAUGAGCAUCUGGAAACUUGUACAGACAGCUGUGCAUCUACUUUUGGUUUGGGGUUAGUUAUGAAAUGUUCUUAACAUGACUUCUUCAAUAAUUAAGCUGCCUAUUCUCUGAAACCUCACAGAGAAAAACUAGAGUUAAUGAAUAAUAAGGUGCAAGAAACAUGGUAGUUUUCUAUCCACCCUGUCCUCUUGUCUCCCCACCCCCCGAUUCUGUUGUCACAUGCCAAGUUUCCUCUGCUGAGGCAGAGGCUGGAGUGGUCCCUUUCUCUGCUUUCCUCCCCUCCAUCCCAAUCUGGUUUAUCAGUCAACCCUAACCUGGAGAGUCUAGCUGGUAAUGUUUCUAGAACUUUCACCUAAUUUCUUUACACUUGGAAGCCAACAUCUUUUUCUAAGAAUUGCUUCUCAGAUGGUUAUAUGAAAUGUGUAUGCUUUUGCAAAUUAAAAAACUUCAAAUUUAACCACUUUUGACUAGGUAAGUCUUUCUAAAAACUAUUUAAAGCAAACGUGGUGUUGGCACACUCCGGCAGGUGGAGGGGCAGGCUCGGCUCCAGGCUGUGUGCUCACAGAGAGCCCUUUUUCUGGCUGUCAUAGAAGACGGUGGAAGGAAAAUGAACUGUCUCAUCAACCCUUCUGUGUCCUCUGAAGCAAGCUCAGUUUUUAUAAAUCACCUUUUCUGUAUUUCUGGUAGCUACUUAAUCUGUACUUCCUCUGCCAGCCUUGAUUUUAUUUGAUCUUUUAAACUAUUUUCUUUUGACGAUCUAAGUGUUUGCCACUAUGCCCUAAAACUCACUUUUGAAGAACUGUCCGUCCUGAAAAAGAAAUAAUUUAGGACUUGAGAUUUGCAGUGAUACCAACUUAUCAUGAUGAUGUAUAUUAAGGGAACCACCCAACCACAUGGUGAUAGGAAAGGAACCUUCACUUUGGCAUUUAAAAAAAUCACUAUCUUCCUGUUUGCUACUCAGGAAGCAGUGGGAGAUGGUGACUGAUAUGCUUUGCAUAUGGUUUGUGAUGCUUUUAUCCGGGCAAGUUUAAUUUGUGGCAAACCCAAAAAGAGGGAGGUGGUUCAUUGAAGCUAAAAGAAACUUUCUGAACAAUGUAUGUGUACACAGCAAAAUUAAACAAAUCCCACAUUUUCUGAAGCUUAGUGUAAUUGAGUGGUAGUAGUGAUCAUUAAAUAAAGUUCUUCCCCAAAGUGUCUCUCCCAAGAGUGAAGUUCCCACGAGUCACUUCCUGAACCCAUGGCCAGAGGUGGAAAGAGACAAUCCUGUAUCCACUGCCAUUCAGAACGACGGUGAGCAGCUUGCUUAAUAUAUAGGCACACGUUUCUUCACUUUAUGGAAAGGAAACAAUGGUCCACCAAACUGAUGUUCUGUUGGGGUUUUAUGUACAGACUGGUCCGUAGGAAGUGUGCACGGUUUCCGUGAGCUGCUGCUGACUCCGUAUCGACACUCUCGCAGUGCUUUCGUUUUAAGCUGGGUUUAUGGAAUUCUUUUCAAAUGUUGGAAGGUGUACACUUCUUCCUGCCUUCCCUUCCCUUUGGGAAGUAUGACAGCAAAUAUUUAGAAGAACUCCUUUUGAAAGCUGUGUCGUGUUCCCUGUGAAGUCGAGUGGGUGUGCGUCCGCGCCCUGGGUACCGUGUGCUUGUGUGCAGAGGAGGAGGUGGCCUGCGGUCCCCAUGCUGCUGGCUUUCCGGUCCCCGCCCCACGCUCCCGUUGCAAGCAGCACUUCCCGCGCUCCCUCACCUCUGAACUCUGCAUCACUGGUGUACUCACAACUCGGUGAAUAAAGUGGUGUGCUUUAUUCGUGAA